CUUACUGUACUCUGUUGGCUAUUCAUGAAUUUUUUAUUGAAAAGCUUCUGUUUUCAUUUACAGUGGUACCGAAUGGACGCAUUGGCACUUGGAGACAAUGGCAACCAACCUGCCCUUCCUAUAUCAGUGGAUAUCAAAAAACUCUUUGACGGAAUUAUGUUUAGUCACCGGUAUACCAGUUGGGUUCAAGUAGAAGAUGCUCUAAAGUAUUCCUAGGCAACUCAUACACAUUAUGUAAUCAAAAAGUGCAUACGGGACCAUGAAUCUCAGGAGUUGAAGUAUAAAUUAGUAGUCUUUCGUUGUACAUAUGGCAUGAAGCGAAAAACUAGAGGUUCAGGUUUACGCGUCAAACCUGCAAAAUACACCGGUUGCCAAUCUGGCUUUCGUAUACGCUACAAGGAGGACGAGUUUAUCAUUUCUUCCGCGAAAACAGUUCACAAUCACAAAUGUGAAAAAAGUCUUAUGAUAGGUGAUCCAUAUUUUAGACGCCUGUCCGGGGAUGAAAAGGAGAAUAUUGCACCAGUUGUGAGGACUACAUCUGAGGUUGCUGAUGUUUUGGAAUAUGCUGAAGAGAAUUUUAAUAAAAUUUUGACGAGCACAGAUGUGUAUAAUUUACGUAAGGAUAUGAGACCAGCCAUGCCUUUGAGAUCAGAUGUUAUGCGUAUAAUAAGGCAAAGCGGUCAGGUGGUUGAAUACGUGGAUUCGAAUACAGGGGUAACCAGCAGAAUUUGCUUCGCCCUGGAAUCACAGGUUCAGUUAUAUCGGAAAUAUGGAGAGGUGGUGUGUAUUGACUCAACAUACAAUACCAAUAAGGACGGAUAUUCUCUGUUUCAGUUGGUGGUAACAGACAAUAUGGGUCAUGGCAGGCCGGUUUUUUUGGCAUGGACGAGACGAGAGAGGUCAUGUGAUGUAGCUUGGAUAUUGGAACAAUUCCAAAGAAUAAUGCAGGAUACGUCCAUCACAGAAACUUUCGUAAUGGAUUCGGCCAACUGUGAGAUAUCCGCCGUGCGUAAUAGUCAAAUUCAGGCGAAAAUCGUCAUCUGUGCAUUUCAUGUAUGCCGGGCUUUCAGCAGGAAGACUCGAAAUCCUUUUGUACGCAGGUUUUUAUAUCGUCUUGUUAAAGCUACGACACCUGAAAGGUAAAUGCAUUGAUUUCUAACCGUUUAGAUUUCAUCACUACCUUAGUGUCAUUAGGAUGGUUGAUCGAAGGGUGUGGAAUUAUGUCAGGCAUUACUGGGUGCCUAAGAAGGAGACGUGGGCUGCGGCAUAUAUGCCGAAUACUCUGUUGCUGUUUAAUAGUACCAACAAUAGAGUUGAAAGCUCUCACAGUCACCUAAAACGAUAUCUCCAUAGAAGAGAUCCCCUACACGUAUGCAUGUACAAGACGUAUAAAUGGUGUGUACGCACAGAGAAGCGUCGUAGUGUUGAAGUCAUCGUCGAAAGUUCUCGGAUUCAUAAGUACCACGCACCGGAACCAGUUAUGCCGAUAUUAGGAAACUUCACUCCUUAUGCCGCUAAGUUAAUUGCCAAAGACUAUGGCCGUAAUCGUCGGAUGAACAUAGAGUUGUAUACUGAUGCUAUGGCUAUCAUAAAUGACGGCAUAUACCUGCACCAAGUGGAUUAUACCAAUUCUACUUGUACCUGCAGAAUAUUUAGGGCACAGAGACUACCUUGCCGGCAUAUGCUGCUAUGUCACACUCAAAUUCCUCAGUUUACAGUUGACAAAGUAAUUCGCCUGUGUCGCAGAUGGUUUUGGCAGGAUCCGUUGCUACCAAGUCGUGUGCCGUGUGAAGGUUCAGUGAAGAAACCCUGCAUGGAGAUACUGCAACUUCGCAGGCAAUUGAACAGAAGCUUCGCAGUUAUGCAGGAUAAUUAUAGUAAUGAAUAUACUAUUAGUGCACUGCGGGCAACUCUGAAUUACUUUGAGAACUUUCUUGUAUAAUAAUGGAAGAUGUACAUAAAUUUUGUGUCAAUAAAUGCAAAUAUACCCCA